CGCUGGUGCAUGAUUGCCAUCCGCGGCCGACGCAAGAAGCAAACUCCAGUUUUGUUUUGACGCAGAAACGUGAACAAGCUAUGACAAAUAAAGCAUGAUCAAUGAUAGGAAUGUCAAAUGCAUCGUGACAAUACGACCGUCCAUCGACAUACAUGUGUGACCGGCUAAACUACACACGUCUUGACUGAUGCAAAGGGAGUUCCUUAAUACCACGACAUGUCUUAAUCAACUUUGAUGCAAAUCCCAGUGUGCAACAUUCGUUGUCUUUCAAAUUAAUGUGGAGUCAAUCAUACCUGAAGCCACAUGCCUACAUGCGUUUCAUAUUAAACUGACAAUCCACCUGCCUGCUCAUCAACCUUGUUGUAUUAUCUUCAGCAAAUCAAGUCUGUAAAAACCAAAUAUGUCCCGUCUUCUACGCCUGAAAGAGUCCCUAAGGAACUUGAAGUCUUCUAACUUCAAACACCCAAAGAUCCUGGCUGGUGUGGCACUAUCGGUGGUGGUUGCGUACGGCGCCAAAGAUCAUGUGCAAUAUGCAUACUCGGUGAUGAGGAGCAUCUUCGAAGAUAUCACCGCCAAGCACGAUGAAAAGGCUGAAAAGGCCCUUGGGAAGCAGAGCAGCGUUGUUAUUAUGGAUACCAUCAAGGAUAGCACAGAGGGAUCAUCACACUCUCUCAGCUCGGAAAUGAAUCGCAAAUUGAUACGUCUGGUCAAGAUCAUCAUGCCAGGGAUUUUGACCAAAGAGUUUGGACUCCUUUGCCUCCACACGAUGUCGUUAAUCUGCCGGACUUUUCUGUCUAUUUAUGUGGCCCACUUGGAAGGGAACAUGGUCAAAGCGAUCGUCAACAAGAACAUGCUGCAGUUCCUUCUGCACAUUCUCAAGUGGCUGUUGAUCGCUGUGCCAGCAACGUUUGUCAACAGUGCCAUCCGCUUCCUGGAGAGCAACCUGUCUUUGGCCUUCCGCUCCCGGCUCGUCAACCACUGCUACAAGAUGUACUUCAAGAACCAGACAUACUACCGGGUGGGCAACAUGGACACCCGGCUGGCCAACCCGGACCAGAACCUGACGGAGGACAUCAGCACGUUCUGCGAGUCAGUGGCCCACCUGUACUCCCAGCUCAGCAAGCCCAUGCUGGACAUCAUGCUCAUGUGCUACACGCUGGUGGGCCUGGCCACCAGGUACAACUCAGGGACCAGCUUCUCCACCUUGAUCGGCAGCCUGACCUUCAUCGCCACGGCCAAGAUACUGCGGGCGGCCUCACCCAGGUUUGGACGCCUGGUGGCUGAUGAGGCGGAGAAGAAGGGCAACCUCCGCUUUGUGCAUUCCAGGGUGAUUGCCAAUGCCGAGGAGAUUGCUUUCUAUGAUGGACAUGAGGUAGAGCAUUCGCAGCUGAAGAGUAGUUACGAAGCGUUGAAGAAACAGAUGAGUCUGAUUUAUCGUCAGCGUCUGUGGUACGUCAUGCUGGAGCAGUUCCUUCUGAAGUACACUUGGAGUGCCAACGGUCUUGCCAUGGUUGCUGUCCCAAUCAUUACUGCCAAAACUCCGAUUGGCACUGAUGGGAAACCAGUCAGUGAGAGCGAGUCUGUUAGUCUUCGCACCCAGAACUUCAUCACAGCCAAAAGCCUGCUGCUUAGCCUAGCCGAUGCCAUGGAGAGGGUCAUGUCAUCUUACAAAGAGGUGACUGCCCUAGCAGGGUACACCUCUCGUGUGUCUGACCUGAUUGAGGUGUUUGAUGACGUCAGCAAUGGCCACUAUGUCCGGGCACGGAUUGUUAAAGGUGGUCACAAGACACCACACUGUGUGGCACGCCUCCAAGGCCCUCUAGAGGUUAGAGGGGAGAUCGCAGAGACAGACAGAGCCCUAAUCAUUGCUAAAGAUUUACCAAUCAUCACCCCAAACAGGGAUGUUGUCGUCAGUUCGCUUUCUUUAAAGGUGAAAGACAGCAUGCAUCUGUUGAUUACUGGCCCCAACGGAUGUGGCAAAAGCUCCCUGUUCAGGAUCCUCUGUGGUCUCUGGCCGGCAUACAGUGGGAAGCUGGUCAAACCGAAUCCAAAGGAGAUGCUCUUUAUUCCCCAAAGACCCUACAUGUCCCUUGGCACGCUGCGGGACCAGGUGAUCUACCCUGACCAGCGUGCUGACAUGCUCAAGAAGGGCCUAACGGAUAAGGACCUUGAAGGAAUCCUGGCCACAGUCAACCUCCAGCCCAUUGUCAACAGAGAAGGGGGUUGGGAUGCAGUGCGUGACUGGAAAGAUGUAUUAUCAGGCGGGGAGAAGCAGCGAAUGGGCAUGGCAAGACUCUUCUACCAGAAACCCAAGUUUGCACUUCUGGAUGAAUGUACAAGUGCCGUGAGCAUUGACGUGGAAGGCAAGAUCUUCCAGCGGGCCAAGGAUGCAGGCAUCAUUAUGCUGACCAUCACACACAGGCCUUCUCUCUGGAAGUUCCACACCCACCUUCUGCAGUUUGACGGGGAGGGUGGCUGGCGGCUGGAGGAGCUGAACGUCACCAAGCGUCUGUCACUGAACGAGGAGAAGCAGCGGCUGGAGGCACAGCUGGCUGGGGUGCCAGGCAUGCAGGAGCGGCUGGACGAGCUGUGCGAGAUUCUUGGGGAGGACUCGGUCCACCGGACUCGCAAGGCCUCGGAGCACUCCAGCAGCUUGGCAGACGACCAGGAGCUGGACAUUCCAGGGACAGAGAGCGACCAGUAAGGAGAGGGGUUUGAAUGUGUAUACUUCAGAGUAUUUCCUGAGGACACUGCCGGGAGAUAAAAGUCUUAAAGACGUGGACCAGACCAGUCGUAGUUUCAGGUUGAAUUAAGCUUGAAAAUUAAGCUUUCUCUUAGCGCUGGUUUUGCGUAUUGAAGUUGUUUCUGUGCAUUUGUUAAUACCGUACAUGUCAUUUUGUGUGAUGGUUUUUCAGUUUUGCGCACACACAUGUUUAGGGUACAAAGUAUGUGAGACAUAGCAUGCAUGUUCCCUAAACCUGCAUUUUAUUUCUCAGUGGAAAACAAUUUUUUAAAAUCUAUCAUCAGUAUAGACACAGUGUAUUCUUGGAGUCCACGUGUCAUCGGUUUUAAUGGUUACAUGUGAGUGCGUCGUUUACUGGUUUUAAUCUUCAUUCUUUGGCCAUUAUAUUGUAACCAGGAGACGUCUCCGCUUUCGUUCGCUAGACUUAAAUUUUGAAUCAGGAGACUUGUUGAUGAAGUCAUUUCUUUAAUUUGUGCAAAUGUUCAUGUCAGCAAACUUUAAGCAGCUGCAGUAGAGUAUUGUGCAUUACACACACACAAGCAUUGUCAGAGUGUUUUACCAUAAAUUUGUGAUAAAGCAAAAUUAAUAAUUUAUCAUUAUGUCAUGAAAAGCUUACCCUUGAAAUUCGAGAGUAAAUUGUGUGUACAAUAAACCAAAUCCAUCAAGUAUAACCAGGCAGGGCCCAACCUUGUAUUUAGCAGCAGUAUUAUGAUAAUUUUAGCAGCAGUGUGUGGGCCGUCAGUCUUUUAGGAUAUACUUGUGAUCUCAAGAUCUGUUUUUUUCUUAUGUUUAUAUGCUAACUCAGGCUUGUCGUAAGGGUUAUUUAUAUGUCCAUGAGCAGAGCACUUUACCCAAAUUCUUGCCUUUGGUGGAAAAGUGAGAACAACUGACUUGUGUUUUCAGUAGAAUGGUGGAUCUUUUUGAUAUUUUUUCAAGCUUUUGCUGUACAGUCCUCAGAAAGCUGAGAGAAGAAUAAGUCUCUCGUGACGUAUAUAUAUCAACAGGGCUGAAAGAUUACAAAGGAUGCAUCUACAGAGUGGUUGAGAUGAAGGCAUGUUAAUGAAGGUGCCUGGGCAACUGCCUAAUGAAGGGAGGAAAACUGGACAAUAAGGGAAAAGCUCUUAUGGAUCAAGAAAGAAUCUACCACAACCUCAAGGUCCAAGUUGGGCCGAACCCUUAUCAUACGGAUGAGAGGUGGUUGCCACCCCAAGUAUAAUGAAAAGUCAUUUGAGGUGCGUGCUUUAAGUACCAUUUCAAGGAUACAUAUGAUUAAAAAAGGCCUAAUCUUAGAUUACUGCCUUGAUAAUGAUAUCUUUGUGUACUGGUAGCUGUCAUAAAGAUGUUUGCUUUGUGGUAUAUCUUCGGAAUGGGACAUGCAUUGUUGAGCCAUGCAUUGUGUUGGCGAGUACAUGAUGUAGAAUUAUCAACUGUGGUCUUAUGUGUAUAAGUACUUGUUGGUUUCCAGAAGGCCUCAGCUGGGUGUUGUUCACGGAUGGAUUGUUUGUUCUCCUUGGAGGAAUUGCCUUGUUGCUUGUACUGUACAUUUUUUUCUGUCUGGAACUUGUGUAUGCUUUGAUCUGGAGUAUUUUGAUGAAUGUGAAAGAUAGAAUCACCAUAUUUAAGUUGUGUGGGGAAAGGUAUUCAAGAGAAAAAAUGUCAUUAGUAAGACAUCCGCGUCCAACCAUGAAUUCAGGACUUCAGACUUGGCUACCGUGUAUUGCAGUUUUGUGACAUUUGACGUUGCCCAGACAAAUUUUUAUGGCCCUAAAAUCUGUAUGCUCUAUAUAUGAGCCAAGAUUAAGUUCCUUAUUUGUUCUUUUAAGCAUUAGAAUAAUGCUGAAGUAUUUAAAAGCGGAGUACAUUAUGUACAUGUAUAUAUGUGACCCACUAUGCGAAAAAGGGUUUUAAGGGACACUGUGCUAUUUCACACUACAGGCUUUUUAUGUGGACAGCGUGAUUUUUUAAUUCUUGGUUAUUGGCUUCUAUUGGACUAGUACUUUCACAGUUUAUACAAGAAGCCUAACUGUUGCUAUGGGUAUCAAGAGACUUUCUUCUUGGCUGAUUUCUUUUUCCAAUUCCUGUGUUUAAAGGGCAUUAUUUCUGAAAGAAAUUCUAUAUGUAUGAUUUGAUUAUCAUGCAGAAAUCAAUAUAUCUCCAGAUUGCAAAAUGCCACUGUGUUCAAACCUACACCAAAUUAAAGCUUACAAUGCAAC